UCUAACAGGGAACAUUGCUGAAAAUAUAAUCAUAUUAAGAAUAACGUGUAUCUUUUUGUCUUUGCCAGUUUUUUCAACUUGAUAGAGACGAAAAUAUGGGAGCUAGAGUUUCAAGAAAUGACUUUGAAUGGACAUACACCGAUGAGCCACACGCAACGAGAAGAAAGGUCAUUCUCAAGGCGCAUCCAGAAAUCAAGAAAUUGAUGGUCGUUGAUCAUAACUUCAAGUAUCACGUAAUACUCCUGGUUUUCCUUCAAAUUCUCGUGUUACCCUUGGUACCUCAUUUAUCAUGGUUAGGUUUUUUUCUGCUCACAUACUUUUAUGGUGCUGUAAUAAACCAUGCAAUCCUUGACGCCAUCCACGAGAUCUCGCACAACAUGGCGUAUGGAAAUGGGAAACCGCUUCCUAACCGUCUCUUCGGAAUUUUUGCAAAUCUGCCCACGAGCAUACCUGUCAGCGUUACGUUUAAGCGCUAUCACAUGGAGCAUCACCGUUACCAGGGCGAUGAAGAUUUAGAUCCAGACCUGCCCACUGAAUGGGAAGGACGUUUCUUCACUAACAGUUUCACUAAAGCUAUUUACGUUGGAAUUCUUCCUCUAUUCUACGGACUGCGUCCACUUUUCGUCAAUCCAAAAUCACCAACAAUGCUUGAAUUAUUAAACUAUGUGGUACAGCUUUCUUUUGAUGCAAUUUUAUACAACUUCUUUGGCAUUAUGCCACUGGUUUAUCUGUUGAUAAGCACAUUGAUUGGUACAGGAUGGCAUCCUCUCGGUGCACAGUUCAUUGCAGAGCAUUAUAUGUUUCGUAAGGGCCAGGAAACGUUUUCGUACUACGGUCCGUUUAAUUACGUCAUGUUUAAUGUUGGUUAUCACAACGAGCACCAUGAUUUCCCCAAUAUUCCUGGUUCUUUGCUUCCGAAGGUUCGCGAACUUGCCCCGGAGUUCUACGACAACUUGCCACAUCAUUCUUCCUACCUUAAAGUCCUCUAUGAUUUUAUAUUCGAUCCCGAGAUUAAUCCAUACGCACGCAUUAAGCGGUCCAGUAAAAAACGGAUCGACAGGAACAAAAACACCGAGCCAAAAUCGAAAACGCACGAAGAAUGACGCAAAACCGAGCAGUCACGUGACCAAAAAGUCUUUUGAACUUUUUUACCCAAUAUUGUAGCCUCGCUGAAAUUUUUCACCCAAUUGUGUUGGCUUACUGAAUUUUUUUUUACUCCAGUUGUGUUGACUUACUGAAUUUUUUUACUCCAAUUGUGUUGGCUUACUGAAUUUUAUUUUACUCCAAUUGUGUUGGAUUACUGAAUUUUUUUCACCCCAAUCUAAAAUAAGAACACUUAACAAAGUCAUAUCAAAGGAAAGAGAGAGGGAGCAAAAUUUAUCGAAUUCAGUUUUGUGAAAUAAUACUUUAUGUAGAAGUACAUCAAACACAAUCCAAAUGUUGCUACAUUCAAGAGGGUGAAGUACUCGUUGGAAAAUGCACAUUGGUUUAAAUGCUUUUUAAUAUGUAACAAUGAACGUAAUCACGUGACCAAAAAUUUACAGUGUGAAUGUAAUAUAAAUAAAACGAUAUACACUAUAAGCAUAAACUAUUCUCAGAAA